AUGAGUUUUACAUCAGACGAAGUCAAUUAUCUCAUUUAUCGAUAUUUAUCGGAAUCAGGAUUUGUUCAUUCAUCGUAUUUGUUUGGUCUUGAAAGUCACAUUGUUCAAACAUCCAUUAAUGCUAAUAUUGUACCACCAGGUGCCCUUCUUUCACUUAUACAAAAGGGUCUCUAUUAUACCGAAGCAGAAUUAUCUAUUGGUGAUGAUGGUCAAGAACGAACAUGUGAUAAUUUAAGUUUAAUUGAUGCUGUUGUUCCUGAAAUCAUUGAAAAUCGUCGUAAAGAACUUCAGCAACAACAGCAGCAACAACAAUUAUCAUUAUCAUCAUCAUCUGGAACAGCUAUAAAAAAUGAAACUAAACCAUCAUCAAGAAUUACAACAACAACGACAACAGCAAGCACAGUAUCAAAUACUAAUGAUAAAGAUAUUUCACCAAUGCAUCAACCAACAAAUACAUCACCACAAUCAACAAAUCAAACAAUAUCUGAUCGUAAUAUAGAUACAUCCACAACACCUAAUGGUGCAAAUAAUUAUGGACAUACAAAUUCGUCAUUAACAAGUCAAUCACAUCAUUAUCAUCCAUCAUCGUCGUCAUCACAUACUAACACACUUCAAUCCUGCACAACAGGUAAUUAUGCUCAAAUGUCAAAUGGAAAUGAUAAUACUACGCAUUCAUCUUAUACUAAUAAUAUCAAUCAUAUAGCAGUACCUAAACCUGAACCAAUGGAUUAUGAAACAAUUAAUAGUAGUCAUCCUCCUCAUCAUCCUCAUUAUUCUGGAAAUCCAACACCAAAUUCUUUAUCUGUCCAAACUGGUUCAUCAAAUACAAAUACUAAUUUAUCUAUAAAUGGUUCUGUUGAGAUACCACCAAAUCGUGUUACUGUUUUACGUGGUCAUGAAUCUGAAGUAUUUAUAUGUGCAUGGAAUCCAACACAUGAUUUAUUAGCAUCAGGUUCAGGUGAUUCAACAGCACGUAUAUGGAAUUUACAAGGUACACGUGAACCUGAAAUUGUUUUAAGACAUUGUAUUAGACGUGGUGAUACACAAGUACCCAGUAAUAAAGAUGUUACCAGUUUAGAUUGGAAUCCAUCUGGGACACAAUUAGCUACGGGUAGUUAUGAUGGUUAUGCACGUAUAUGGUCAUCAGAUGGAAAUUUAGUUAGUACACUUGGUCAACAUAAAGGACCAAUAUUUGCAUUAAAAUGGAAUAAAAAAGGAAAUUUUAUCCUAUCAGCUGGUGUUGAUCGUACAACGAUAAUAUGGGAUGCAAAUUCCGGUCAUUGUGAACAACAAUUUUCAUUUCAUACAGCACCAGCACUUGAUGUUGAUUGGCAAUCAGAUACAACAUUUGCAUCAUGUUCAACAGAUCAAAAAAUUCAUGUUUGUCGAUUAGGUGAAUUACGACCUGUUAAAACAUUCCAUGGACACCAAAAUGAAGUUAAUGCUAUUAAAUGGGAUCCACAAGGACGUUUACUUGCAUCAUGUUCUGACGACAUGACAUUAAAAAUCUGGAAUAUGACAAAAGAUACACCUGUUCAUAAUUUACAAGCACAUAAUAAAGAAAUUUAUACAAUUAAAUGGAGUCCAACUGGUCCAGGAACAAUGAAUCCAAAUGCAACAUUACUUUUAGCUAGUGCAUCAUUUGAUUCUACUGUACGUUUAUGGGAUGUUGAACGUGGUGCUUGUCAAAAUAUACUUGUUAAACAUUCAGAACCUGUUUAUUCUGUUGCAUUUAGUCCUGAUGGCCGUCUAUUAGCAACUGGUUCAUUUGAUAAAGCAAUUUAUAUUUGGGAUAUAGCUAGAGGAGAAAUUGUUCAUAGUUAUCGAGGUACAGGUGGUAUUUUUGAAGUUUGUUGGAACAGUCGAGGUACUCGUGUGGGUGCAAGUGCUUCCGACGGAACAGUGUGUGUACUCGAUCUACGUAAAUAA